GCCAAUUUUUAUAUUCUACUGCUAGUCUGUCUUCAUUCGGAGGUAAUCGUCUGGAAUUUAUUUUAAACCGACGGUCAGAGCUUUAGCUACUAGUCAGUCCACCACCACCACCAUCAUCAGACCCCCCAAUUUAAGCCCCUGCCUGCUUUGAGGCCCCCCAGCUCAUUAUCUACCACAAUCUUGAUCCUUCUGGGUGUUGAUUCUAGCCUUCUUUUACAAGAAAGGAAUUGGUAUGUUUCUGCAAAAGCACCUUCUUUUUUACCUAUCUAUUGGCUAUUCUUGGUCAGACUUUAGGGUGGUGUGAUCCUCACAUUGUCUGUGCAAUUCAAACAAGAUUCUAAGCCUCGUUUGGAUCAAGAUGUGUUUUGAAAAUCGUGAAAAUUGCAAUCAUGGCCUGUGCUGCGCCUAAUAAUAAUAAUCAUAAUAAUAGUAUAAAACGCCAGAGAAAGGGAAUCUGCUUUCUCUUUACUUCAUCUGCAGAAGAUUGGGACUUUACCCUUUUGAAGGUGCACGGAGUGAAAUCCGCAAUUUCCGGGGUUUUUUGUUUGAGAAAUGGAUACAGAAGAUGAUGGUGAGAUGGGGCUCCGACCCACUUAUGGGCCACCCACUGGGAUAGACCCGUUACCAUUUUGGGACCCUAUUGUGAACCAGAAUUUGCAUUACCCAGGCGUGCUUGAUAAUCACCUUGAUAUGGUUCACAAGGUUCCAGCUUUCCGCAAUGGGGGCUUCACUGGUUCUUCUGGCCUAUCAGAUUGUCACUUAAAUUAUGAUCUUUUGCCUAAUGCAAGGAAGAGAAGACCAUCAGAUUGUGUCCCUCCUUCAAAUGCCAGUAAGAAUGUUGAGUCAAAAGACCAUUUAGGAGACUGCUCAGAACAUGAUGAACAUAAUUCUAGUUUGAGGAGUAAGCAAGGGGGUAAACAAGUCAUCAAGGAUAAUAAUUCCAGCAGUGGAGAACCUCCCAAAGAAAAUUAUGUGCAUGUUAGGGCUAAACGUGGGCAGGCUACUAACAGCCACAGCCUUGCGGAAAGGGUGAGAAGGGAGAGAAUUAGUGAAAGAAUGAGACUGCUUCAAGAACUAGUCCCAGGCUGUAAUAAGAUCACUGGGAAGGCAGUUAUGCUUGAUGAGAUUAUCAACUAUGUGCAAUCACUCCAGCAACAAGUUGAGUUUCUGUCAAUGAAACUUGCAACUGUGAAUCCAGAGAUGAACCUUGACAUGGAAAGAGUAUUAUCCAAGGACAUUCUUCACACGCAUGGCAUAAAUAACGAAGCUCUUCAUGGACCUCCUGGUCAAGGAUUCAACUCAUCACAUCCUUUCCCUGGCAGCGGUAUUCCACCGGGAACGUAUAGCAGUCUCCCUAAUACAGCACCAUUUCACACACUGCAGCAGAAUGUGUGGGAAAACGAUGUUCAGAAUACUCUCCGGAUGGGAUUUGAUUCUAAUUCUUGUAUGAACAAUAUGGGGACCAAAUGGUGACCAUUCAUAGGGACUAAAAUGAUCACUUCUACCAUUGAGUUACAGCUUAGACUGCUGAGUUUAAUUUGCUUCACAUGGACAAGAAAUUAGCAAAAGAUAAUUAUUUUCAUAGCUGUAUAGGCGGUUGUUUAGCUCCUAACUCUUUUGUUCUUCGAAUUUUAGUAGAAGAAAUGGCACUGUUUCAAUCUUUAUAAUUAAUUAUUCUCUAGUAUAUGUGUCAAGCUUUAUUGCAUUUUUGAGGAACUUUAGUAUUAUUAUGUACUCCAUAUAUUUAUGUGAUUGUUGAUUUUUUGUUGUUA